UAAACCGGUACCGCGAGAAACGACGCACUCGUAUGUUCUCCAAGAAAAUCCGGUACGAGGUGCGAAAGAUCUACGCCGAGAAUCGGCCACGGUUGAAAGGCCGGUUUGUAAGACGAACUAAUGAGAUAGAGUCUCUCCAGUGCUUGUGGUCCGAGGAUCAAGUGAGGAACUAGAGAAAAAAUCUCCACUUUUUUCUGUCAAGCAAGAGAACGUUUCUACUAUAUAAGAGAGAUUAUAUCUUAGUGAAGAACCCUAAAAUAUUUGCGAUGGCGUCGCUCUGGCGGAAGCACCAGCAGCGCCUUCGUCAAGCGGCGUCUCUCCACAGGUACUCGACGAAGAAUCCCUCCUUUUCUUGCGCUGCAUUCGCAAUUGUGGUGCUUGCAGCCGCUGCAUCGCUGUGGCUCUACCUCCACACGACCGCGGGAGCUCGGAUUUCGCAGUUCCAGGCUCGAGAUGCCGGGGAUCCGACGCAUUCCAAUGUGGAUCUUGGCGUGGAAUCGGGGAAUGCGGUGGCAAGAAGGGGCGAUCAGGGCUGUGAUUACUCGCGUGGAAGAUGGGUGUAUGAUCCACAGCGCCAGGCUCUCUAUAACGAGAGCUGCGUGGAUAUUUUCAAGGGAUGGAACUGUGUGCGCAACCAGAGGAGCAAUGCUGGUUCUGUUCUUCGGUGGCGGUGGCAGCCCGAUCGAUGUGAUCUAGCUCGGCUCGAUCCAGCAAAGCUUCUCGAAAAUCUACAAGGAAAGAAUAUCGGGUUUGUUGGAGACUCUCUCAAUCGCAACAUGUACGCUUCGCUUGUCUGCACACUCAAGCAAGCCGCAAGCAAGGACUUAAAAAAGUGGAGGCCAAUUGGAUCUGACAAAGGCAUCACAUUCCUUGGUUACAACGUUACUGUUGCCUAUCAUCGGACCAACUUGUUGGCACGCUAUGGAGAAUGGAAAGCUUCGGCUGAUGGAGGCCCGCUCGAAGAGCAUGGUUACAAACAAGGAUAUCGAGUUGAUGUGGAUAUUCCACAGAGCACCUGGUCUGAGGCUCCACAGUUUUACGAUAUCCUCGUUAUAAGCACAGGUCACUGGUGGUUUGCUCCUGAAAAGUUCAAUCCAGUGACGUCGCCGAUGUUAUUCUUUGAGAACGGAAAGCCCAUCGUCCCACCGAAGUCUCCCCGUGAAGGAUUGGAUCUCACACUAAAGUACAUGCUGAGCUUUGCGGAACAAAACAUGAAACCCGGAGGAAUAAAGUUCUUGCGCACGCAAUCCCCUCGUCAUUUUGACGGGGGUGACUGGUACCAAGGGGGAAAAUGUCACCGUUCCGGCCCCUUAAAGCUUGCAGAGGUGGGCUGCGACAUUGUUUUCGUUUCAAACCCAUUCGUCCCAAACUUCCAGGUCGAAGAAAUGUUCUCUCCAGCGAAUAAAGGGGUCAACAAAGAAGUGCGGCUCGUGAACGAGCACCUGUUCCGAGCGGCUUCUGCGAGCUCCACUUUCAGGCUGCUCAACAUCACGCACUUGAGCGAGUUCAGGGCCGAUGGACACCCGUCAACGUCCGCUAAGAAGCAGCACGAAGAUUGUAUGCACUGGUGCCUACCCGGAGUGACAGAUACAUGGAACGAAAUACUUGGAGCACUCAUCUUGGAAGAAUCCGUCACAGGAGUCCUUUAGUCUGGCCAUCGCAGGGACCACACGGUGAAACAACUGUAAAGCCGCGAAGACAGGUUGUAUUUUUUUCCAAUCGCUGGGACCACUUUGGUUGCGCUUGGACAAGGUGGAACAAAGCAGGG